AUGUCCAUCAGAUUAAUCAGUUAUAACAUCAGAGGACUUGGGGGUUUGGCUAAAAAGAAAGAAGUGCAAAAUUUGAUAGGUAGGCAGAGACCUACAUUCAUCUGUAUCCAAGAAACAAAGUUAGAAAAUAUAGACAGGAAUUUAUGCCUAUUUAUAUGGGGCUCUAACGAUUUCGACUUCGCGUUCAAACCAUCGAAUGGCAGGUCCGGGGGUAUUUUGGCUAUUUGGAACAAAAACUUUCUUUCUAUAAGGAUCACUCAUGUUUUAGAGUAUGCUCUUUGGUUGGAAGGAGAAUGGGGAUUGGAGCAUAACGCUGUCAGCCUGGUUACCGUAUAUGCACCGUGUGACAGAAGAAGUAAAUCCGCUCUGUGGUCUGAUCUUCUCAACAGAAUUGAUCGAAAUAGGGAGGUUAGUAUUUGCAUAUUGGGGGAUUUCAACGCCAUCAGAGAAAUAUCGGAAAGAAAAGGAGGAAAUGAAGCCUACAAUAUGAAUGAGAUAGAGGAAUUUGAUAAUUUUAUAUCUGAUGCGGAGCUGAUUGAUAUUCCCAUACUAGGCAGAAGCUUUACUUGGCAGAGACCUGGGGGUUCGGUUAUGAGCCGGUUAGACAGAUUUUUAUUAUCAGAGAAGUGGAAUAGAACUUGGCCGAGUUGCACGCAGUGGUGUCUGGACAAAGGGUUAUCUGAUCACUGCCCUAUCAUGUUAUGUGAAUCUUCACUCGAUUGGGGGCCAAAGCCGUUUCGUAUGCUAAAUUGUUGGAGGGAGAUGCGAGGUUACCAUGAUUUUGUCAUUAAAAAUUGGAGAGAUAUUAAGGUGCAGGGGUGGGGCAUGUAUGUUUUGAAGGAAAAGUUUAAAAAGAUCAAAGAUCGUCUUAAAGAAUGGCAUAAGAAUCACUUUCAAAACUUGGAAGGUAGAAUUAAAGAGGAAAAGGAAAAACUUAACAGUUUGGAGGUCCUUGGAGAAAGCACAGGCUAUUCCGUGGAAGAAUUGCAAGCCAGGAGCGAGAUCUCAUCAACAAUUCACAAAUUAUCUAACCUCAUCUGUAGCAUCCAAUGGCAAAAGGCUAGAUCAAAAUGGUUGAAGGAAGGGGAUGCAAAUUCUAAGUAUUUCCAUAGUUGCAUAAACAAGAGAAGAAAAGACAAUGAAAUAUUAUGCCUUGACGUCAACGGAAGAAGGGUUACGGAGGUGAAGGAUAUUAAAGAGGAAAUUUUCGACCAUUUCAGCCGCCAAUUUGCAAGUAGAGGAACUUAUGCAAUAUCGGAGAACUUAAUCUCUAACUACAUCGAUGACAUUCAGAACGAAGAUUUAGUGCGUGAAUUUUCAGAAGAAGAAAUCAGAAGAGCGGUGUGGGAAUGUGACAGCGACAAAAGUCCAGGGCCGGACGGUGUUAACUUCGGGUUUGUGAAAGAAUUUGGGAGGAAAUAA